AUGACAGUGACGUGUACAUUUCACGAAUUAUAGUUGGUUUUAUUUAUUGAUUGGAUUUAUAAAUUAAAUUCCCUAAUAAAUCUAAUUAUAUUAUAAUAAAAUAUAAUGUCAAGUAAAAGCAAAUCAUUAGAUAGUUCAAGCAAAAGUAAAUUAAACAAUUCAGUGUGGAAAAGAGCAUUUACUUCUAAUGCUGAAUGGCCCGACAAGGAAGAAUUUCUAGACGUAAUUUAUUGGAUGCGACAAGCGAUAGGCAUAAUUUUAGGUUUAUGUUGGGGUCUGCUGCCACUUAAAGGAUUUUUUGGUCUUGUAUUAUUUGUGGUUGUGAAUGCUGCAGUGAUAUAUUUUUAUGUAAGCAAUAUUCAAAAUGUUGAUGAGGAGGAAUAUGGUGGGAUGUGGGAAAUAACUAAAGAAGGAUUUAUGACAUCCUUUGCUGGAUUCCUAGUCACCUGGAUCAUUGUGUACACAGGUCUACACGGAGCUAGCAGUUUAUGAGACUAAAUCAAUCCUACUUCCUAAAACAUAUGUUACAUAUAUGUCCCAAAAACCCAUAGAACAAAUACUGUAUAAUAUUGAAUGUUUUUUUUUACUUGCCAAUCAGUUUUUAUACCAAGUGUGCAUGAUUUUGUAACAAAUUGUUUCAAUUGAAUAUUAAUGAAGUAAGUUGAAAACAUUCAAUAUGUAGGUGAAAAGACUAUGUAUUAUGUUGCUGGUAUGGUUAUUACUAAUUUAUUGAAAAGACAAGAUAGUAAAUGUUUAUUUAAAGAGGUGUUUUUUAAGAAAUAUAUUUAAAGAACUAUCAAACACUAAAAGUACAUACUAUGAUACAUAUAAUAACUCUUACUUUUUAACAGAAUAAUGAUUUUUUCAGAUAGUAGUACAUGUAGGUUUGGAUUUGUUAAUUGUGAACAAAAUUUUGUUAUAUAAACUGAGGCAGUUUUGGUUUCAUGCAUUUCAUGCCGUUAUAUAAUUUAAUGUAAGUGAAAAUUAUUGUUAAGUUUAAUACUUUAAAUGGUGUUCAUAAAUCCUUAUAAUUUUACAGUAUGCAAUGCAAUUAGUUUAUCAAUUAUCAUGUUUGAAAUGUUUUGUUGUGUAUGAUCCUUGAUGAGUUAUUUGAAAAAAAUAUAGUUGAUUUCUAUUU